AUGAGCGGUAUUGUGGGUACGCGGGUUCCCCGGUUUGUGCUGUUCGGCGACACCGUGAACACGGCCUCCCGCAUGCAGACCACCGCCACCCCGGGCAGUGUGCACGUGUCGGAGGACACCCGGGCGCUGCUGCCCCAUGAGAACUGGACGCCCACUGGCGGGGUGCAGGUGGGGGGGAAAGGGGGGGGAGGGGGAGCGGCUGGUGGGGGUGAGUCGGAGGUGGGCCGGGGACGGUGUGUGUAUGGUGGGGGAGGGAUGAUAGUGGGGGGAAGAUGGCCUGGGCGGUAG